AUGCUUAUUAAAAUCUCAAAACGCAUCCUCAUUCAUCCGAUGUUCUGGAGAAUUCUGGGCUUUGUGUCAAGCAUAGUUGCAUUUACAUGCUUUGCCCAGAGCCCCUCUUUCUAUGACUCGUUUGGCAGGUGGAAUCUGUUCAAAAGCGCCAUCUAUAGCGUCAUUAGUUUGGGCCUAACCACCAUGAUGCUAUUUAUCAAGAAAUGCGAGAGAUUUACAAGAUCAGUUCUGGUCAAAGCACAGGUGGGUUUUCUGGUUUUGAUGCUCACGUCUCUCUGUUCCAUCUGGCAAGACCAAGUUAGCCAAAAGGAGAACGAGGAAACGGGAUCCCGUGGGAAAAUCCUGAACAUGUGUUCCUUUGGGGCAUUUGCGUUCAUGACACUGAGCUUCUCAAGACAGCUUCAGCUUGGUUUCGAAGUGGGUAUCUCCAACUUCUUAUUUGGGAGUUUCUUGGUGCUGCUAAUGAAGAUGAACUUCAAAUUUAUCCCACUUGCAGCAUUUUGUUGUUACGUGUUUAUACAUAUCCAGUCCUUCUCAGAUCUUUUCAAGAAAAUGCGUGGGCGAGUCCACACUAGUGACCCAGUACCUGAAGAUAUAGAGAGUGGUAACCAUGGCAUUGAUUUGCAAAGAAUGAAUAAAAUUGAAUUCAAUCCUCACAGCUUUUCUUUUUCCUUCCUAUAG